AUGCCGCGGCUCGAUCUGGACCACCCCUUCUGCGUCUUCGGCGGCGCCGGCGAGUCCAAGUCGAUGGUGGCUUUCGAGACGGCCGCCGCGCUCCCCGGCCCCAACGGCAGCGUCCAGUGCUGUACUGUCAGCGCCAGCGCUCGUGCCGACGACGCGGACGCCCCGGCGGAGUCGGUCCUGCUCCGGGUACCGGAUGGCGUCUGCUUGGCCGAGCUGUUUGGCGCCGUGCUGCAGCGGGACGGCUCCACCAAGAGUAGCUCCAACCCCAAAGUGGAGGCCGCGGCGGCAGCACGCAAGGGCGCGCCGAGGGCGAACUCGAGGAGGUUGCCGGCCUGCACGACCAGCAAGACCGCCAUCGUCAUCGGCGUUCUGCCCGCAGGCAAGAUGGUCGUGAAACAGGAGCGUCGCGCUCCCGGCCGCGUCGUCGCCCGCGGCUGGCGCCGGCCGGCGGUAGGGGCCAGGGUCUUUGCGAGCGAGGCCGUGGGGGAGGAGCCCGUGUCCCCGAAGGUGUCGUGCUUUGGUGCCGUACGGUCGGAGAGGCGCGCGACGGCGAACGACGCGCCGCCGGGUAAGAAGCAGGACGAGGAGCGGAGCGGGUGCUGGGCGAGCGUGACGGCCGCGCUUCGUGUCCUAUGUUGCAACAACAAUACUCGUGAGGGCGAAUCGGGCGCGAGCGAGUCGAAUUCCAAGGCCUCGGCGCCGGAGUCACCGCCUGUCGCCGUUAUGUCGCCGCCGCGCCCGGUUGCGGGGCUGGGAGACGUGAAGCGCCUCGCUUCGCGGCGAUGGCCCGGGACCAUGGCAGCAGAAGGACGGGUCCCGAUUUGAAUUCUGCGGGCGUUGCGAGGCAACGCAACGGCGUUGUACGUCCACGGUCGCCGAUGCAAACCGAGGUGCUACUCGAAACGGCUUCUGCCCGUUCUAAUGUCGUGUGUGAGUUGUGUAACUUUUGUGUUUGUUUGCAAGCUGCACCUCGUACCUUGUGUUAUCGAUCUUGGACUUUGGUCAA